ACGCAGUCGCGGCCCCUUCCCCGCCCUUUCUCUUCCCGGUUUUCCUCUCAGCUGCGGGGGCCCGGCCAGUGGCAGCUUCCGGUAGGAGCGCCGCGAAGCGCGACCCGGUGUCUGCUCGCUGUCAUGUCCUACGGUCCUUUGGACAUGUAUCGGAACCCCGGGCCCUCGGGGCCCCAGCCCCGGGACUUCAACAGCAUCAUCCAGACGUGCAGCGGCAACAUCCAGCGGAUCAGCCAAGCCACUGCUCAGAUAAAGAAUUUGAUGAGCCAACUUGGAACUAAGCAGGACUCAAGCAAGCUCCAGGAAAAUUUGCAACAGUUACAACACUCCACAAAUCAGCUUGCCAAGGAAACAAAUGAGUUGCUAAAGGAAUUAGGGUCCUUGCCCCUGCCUUUGUCUGCAUCAGAACAGCGCCAACAGAAACUUCAGAAGGAACGCCUCAUGAAUGACUUCUCGUCAGCCUUAAACAAUUUCCAGGUUGUGCAGAGAAGGGUAUCUGAGAAGGAAAAAGAAAGUAUCGCCAGAGCAAGGGCUGGAUCUCGUCUUUCUGCAGAAGACAGGCAAAGAGAAGAGCAGCUCGUCUCAUUUGACAGCCAUGAGGAAUGGAACCAGAUGCAGAGACAGGAGGAUGAGGCGCCCAUCACUGAGCAAGACCUGGAACUUAUUAAAGAGAGGGAAACAGCGAUCCGGCAGCUGGAGGCUGACAUAUUGGAUGUCAAUCAGAUAUUUAAAGAUUUAGCUAUGAUGAUCCAUGACCAAGGUGAUCUGAUUGAUAGCAUAGAAGCCAAUGUGGAAAGCUCAGAGGUGCAUGUGGAGAGAGCCACUGAUCAGCUACAAAGAGCUGCUUACUAUCAGAAAAAAUCUCGCAAGAAGAUGUGUAUCCUCGUGCUUGUCCUGUCAGUGAUUAUUACAGUCUUGGUAGUUGUUAUCUGGGUUGCUUCUAAAUGAAGUGUGGCUGCCUCAGAGCCUUCUCCUGCUGAGUUGUUUUCGAGGGCAAGUGCUUGAUGGAGUUGCCAGAACAAACUGACCACAGAAGAGAGCCUGUACCAGAGUGUCCUGUGAUUAUUUAGCUAGAAACUAACUACUAACUAGUCCUUGGAAUUAGUGACCAUGGAGACAGUAUUUAUCAAUUUAUGCAUACAUUCUAUUGAUUUCUCAAUAAGGAAUUAACUUAUGUGUAUUUUCCUUUCCCUUGUAUUUUGAUUGCCCUUUAUCUCAAGUGUUUAUUGACAGUUCCAUUGUGGAUAUUCUUUUUGACAGUGACACUACAGUCUCAUAAUAUUGUCUUUUUGUAUAUACACAAACUUUACCUUUCUAUGAGUAGCUAAGAUAAAUUUCCUUCUGGGGCCAGCCUGUUGGAGUCCAAGAAACUGUACAAUAUGCCAGCAAUUUUUGUUAUUUUGAUUUGAGUUUCUGAGGAGUCUCUUCUCUGUUUUGGGGAGUAAGAACCCUGCACCUGUGACUUCAGAUGAAGUGAGAACAACCUGCCAGAGUGGGCCCGUCGUCAGGGCGUGUGGAGGUCUGGGUUCAAGUUCAAUUGACUUUUUGUCUGCUGGCGUCGUUUACAGAGUCCAUCCUCACACACUAAGCCAUCCCACUCCUGGUUUAAAAGAGGUUUGUCUGCGUAGAAAUGAACUAGGCACAGCAUGAUUUUGGAAAGCAAAUAGGAAUUGUUUGGAAUGUGUCCAUCCUGUUCACUUGUGGCUUACAUUCUGGUGAAUGAUAAAUGUUGCUGUCAAAAGCUGUUCCCGACCCUUAAAAGGGUUGCCUGGGUUUGAUGGCAAGACUUAAACAUUUAGACUGAAGUGGUGUUUAAAGUUUAGGGUCUGUGAACCUACUGAUAAAGCGAAGAGAAGGUUCUUGUUUGUAUAUAAUAUUGAUUUAGUGAUGUUAGACUUACCUAAUUUAUGAACAAGAGAGCAAACUCUGUAGUUUUAGACAAAAACAGUUUUAAUAAAAGGUUGCUGUCUUGUAAUAUAAAUGUUGUCCACUGCCCUUUUUCACAGGCCUAGAACAGGUAGAGAGCAUGUAAUUGGUUUAGGCUCUCAGAUAAAUGUGAAUUGAGGCUGAAAAUGUCAGCUCAUCCUUCACUGAGUUAGAGGAUUUGGCUACUGUAGGUGUAUUUAUGUUUGUUUCUUCUAUUCCUCUUAGUGUUACUUAAUCUUGUUCUACACUGAUGUGAUCAGUAGGGAAAGAAGGGCCCAAAUGCCUAAGUUUCUUUGCACUUUUGCACCAUCCCACCUGCUUAAUACCAAUAAACAUUUAACAGCA